CGCUCGCGUUCGUUCUUCUCACAACCAACAACCUGUCGUCUUUGACUCCUCCAUCAGGUUACAUAGCCCAGCUACACUUUCCCUCUCGAAAGCGAGAAAAAAGUGUGUAAGCGCGUUUGCGUCUAACAAUGUCCUCGACCAUGUCCUUGGUCAGGCGAGGAUCCGGUGCCACCUCGAGAUCUGACCUAGAGUCCCUGCUCACGGAUGCCAGAAUGACGCGCCACUGGAUCCGUUCCUUCCAUAGAAUGACCCUCCACCCACACCUUUAUCAACCAACAAGGCAUCCGGGGCGUCUCAACAGCAUAGCCAGGACUUCUUCAGCUGCCUCUCUCCGCCCCAUGUUCAGUCGGCGCCCAGCAGGAAGGCGGUGGCCAUUUGGGUCACCAACUAACGAUGCACCCAAAUUCCGAAUCUUGGAGGGACAAGGAGAAAGACACCGGUUAGGCGACAACGAUUUCAAUCCGUUCAUCAACUAUCCCACCUCCGCCAAUGUGAAACUGCUUCCUGCCACAUAUGUGGAUGGGAUCGAUACCAGGAAAGCGCCAGCUGAAACGUCAACAUCUUUCAACGGAUUCUGGACCGUCGACUCUUUGCCGCUGAUAACGACGUACAAUCGUUCGGACAUCUUGAGAGCUGACGGAAAGCCGGAUCGCAGCCCUACUGCUUCUUCAACAACACUGGACGGAGUCCUCCUAGGGGGAGGAUCAUCCGAAGAGUCGAUACUUGACAAGGUUACCGGCCUGCCUUGGCUUACAGGAGCCGCCAACUCAACCCACGCAUCACAGUCAGCAACGCAAACGAUAUGGCCCUUCGAGACGUACCGACUGGACUCGACCCAAGCCGCCAUGGCCGAGAAGCUGGUGCAAAUGAUCGUCAAUCAAUCCGGAACCCUGAGUCAACAGGAGUUUACAAGCGAUCUACAAAAAAUAGGAAAACUGACUCUCCUGCGAUGGGGGCUACCCUUGGCGUUCGUGGACUCGGCUCCGCAUCAGCAGGAUGUCAUCAGCACAGGACUAGAUACCUUGAUCUCCACCCUUCCUCGGUCAACUAGCGGCGAGACAUGGGCAGGACCAUUGGUGGACGUGUUGGAAAAGUACAGCAUGCUGCAAUCCGUGGAUCGCGUAUGCCUCGCCUGUUUAUUUCACUAUGUUUCCAGCGACAAGUCCGAGGUCUUGCAGGAGCAACGUCUAUCACGAGUAAACGCUACGGAGAAAGUUCGUCAGAUGCGCAGUGCCAGGCGAAUCGAUGUUGAGGAAUGGUGGAAUCAGACGAGGCGGUUUCGGUUGCAGCUUGCACUAGCACGGGAAACUGGAAUUAUGCCAGCCGAGUCGGAAUACGUGGCAUUCAUGCAAAGCUGCCAGAGAGCGGGUCAGGUCCGUGAGGUGGAGUUGACGUUCCAUCACUAUUUGGACUUUCACCAGAACGCACGGCAACCGCAGUCUUUGCAGCAACACCAACACCAACAGUCCAAUGCAGAGCAGCCGAGCGAGCAAAUCUACCGCGAGUACAUCAAGACUCUCGUACGUAUGGGGCGUAUGGACCAGGCGCAGGAUGUUUUCAACAGUAUGAAGCGUAGAGGCGUAUACCCUUCAGUGAUCACAUUCGGAGCAAUGCUCGACGGCUAUGGACGGCAGAUGGAUCUUCGAAAGAUGAGGCAGGUUCUUGUGUCACUUCGUUCCGCUGGACACCUCCCGACGCUCGAGAUGUAUACGUCCAUGAUGGCCAAUUAUAUCAAGGCAGGAGAGUUGAAACGAGCCGAUGAGGUCUAUCGCCAGCUUCUCGACAGGUCGGACAUUAUCAUGGAUAAGCAGAGCAAGAACGUGGUGGACAACCUCAAGAGGUUGGGGGGAGGUCAACAUGUUCAGGACGAUAACCUCCCACUGGAGAAUGAGCAUCCGGAUCCUGUACUGACAGAACUUAGGAGGAUGCCCAAUUUGGAGCGCUUGAACUCUGUGAUUCACUAUAACCACAAGCUGAAACGAUAUGCGGAUGGGAUGAACAUGCCCCAGUUCGUCCAGUCGUACAGGCAGCUUAUUGGAGAGGGACUAAGGCCGAAUUCGAUCACCUUUAACAUUCUUCUGGGAGCUCUAUCAAAGGCUGGUCAAAUCGAAGACGGAUUGAAAGUGCUGGAGCUCAUGAAGACGACCGAGGAAGGGCAGCCUGAUGUGGUGAGCUUUUCUACUUUGAUCGCCAGUGCGGUGGAGCAGGAAAAAGUGGAACUAGGCUGGACUCUUUACGACGAGAUGCGAAUGCGGUCGAUCAAACCUAGCGUGUAUACCUAUGUUUCAUUGAUCGAGAUGGUGGCGCUUGAUCCUUCCAACAAGCGCGGUCGUGCCAUCAUGAAAAAGCAUGCUGUCCGCGGUAACCACCAGGUCCGUUUCCCGGUCAAAACGCAAAUCGAGGAUUUGGUCGGGCUUGGUUUCGCUGGAGAACUCUACAACCAGCUUUUAAAUCAAGGACUCGAGCCGAAUCAGCACGUAUUCGGUGGAUUACUGAACCUAACUGUACAUGGAGGGUUCGCGGAUCUGGCGCAACAUGUCUAUCAGGAGAUGAUUUACAAAAAGAUCGAGCCAAACACCGCCAUCAUGACGACGCUUAUCAAGGGCUUUGCGAUCCGGAGGGACUUUGAGUCUGGCUGGAAGGUGUGGAGGCAUAUGAUCGACACGGACAUCCCAAGAAACGUCAUCACAUACCACCAUCUGAUUCGACUUUGUGAACGGUCGUUGCCAGACCCAAUCGGGAUGGCUAAGAUGCUUGACUUGCCCUUUCCUGACAUUAAGGACAUGGCCCCCAAGACCUCCGAGGCCAAGAGAGGCAGCCUGAACGACACAGGCGAAACCAGCGAAAAGGAAGCGGAGAAGCCGGUCAAGAAGACCGGUCGACCCAAACUGAUGAAGAAACUUACGCCAGAGGAAAAGCGCCAGCACCAGGAGGAGAGACAUCAGACCAAGAAACAAAGACGACUGGAAGGGAAGCGGGUGAGGGAGAUUGCUGAGUAUGCGAACAAGAUGCCGCAGAUGAUCUGGAUAGAGAUUCGCAGCCAGAUGGCCCUCGACCAUGUCCACUGGCCGCGCGUGCAGCAGUUUCGAAAGAGCAUUGUCGAUCGCGGCAUUUGGGACCCCAUCGAGAGGGAGGCUGGACCGGUGAUGUCGAUCACGGCAGCUGCAGAGGCGGCGGCAGAAACAAAUGUCCAUGGCAAGGGAUCAGGAACGGGAUCGGAGUCACAGAACAACAGGUCUCGCGCCAAUAUUUCAUCCACUGGGACCGACCUCACGAGCACAACCUACAGCAAUGGUUCGUCAACUGAUGCACGGGCUGUGAUACUGAAAGAGAUUUACGCUGGUGGUGGGCAUCUUUAUAAGCCCAAGCGAGGCGCACGCUGGAACAUGUUACUGAAGUGGGAUGUCGAGAGCAAGGUGCCGAUGUUGAUGAGGGAUGCGAAGGUGGCAUCUGCGAGCAAGGGGAAUGGUGGCAGCGACAGCGGUCGCCACGAGGGCGAGGUGGGCGGUAGUGGCCACCAUGACAGUAGUAGCGAUAGUAGCCCGUUUGAGGGUGACGAAAGAAGUGGACGUGCCACUUCAUCGGUAUAGAUCACUAAAGGACCUUUGUAUGUACAGUAUACCUAAAACUCUAAAAAGACUCUAUAAAAGACACCACUUGAACACACCCUUGUGUAAACACGACAUGUGUACGUUCCUGAAACGGGUUGUGCCUGAGUUCAACAUGAAAGUGGUGCCCAUGAAAAAAGAAGGGGACGAUUCGCUCCGUAUCUGAGUACGCAUCUCCUUGUGGUCAGAGCAACAUCGACUAUACUACAAAACCAGAAAGAGACCAUUUGCAGCGCGUGGGAUAACCCGAUCCUUGACGAUUU